UGAGGAGGGGUCAACCGUGAAACUCGGGGGCGGCGCCAUUGUCCAACCGUUUUGGCAGGGCAGCUAAGCAGCGAGCUAGGUAGCUCUGUUGAUGUCAGUGUGAAUGUCAUGCACGUCAAUUGUUGACAAUGAGAAGCCAAUGAACAGCUGAUCUACCUAGCUCAGAAGCGAGCCAGCUAGGCGAAGCAGGGAGCUGAUUAGCAGAUCACGCUUCAUGGGUGCUGCAAUUCCCUCGUCCCUUCUGUCUUCUUUUCAAUGCUCGCAGCUGAAGUAGACAUUUCAGCAGCGAGUUCGCCCAUUUGAGCCUCGCAUGGCCCUCGUUCGUGUGCCUGAUCGACGCCCUUGAAGCGCCGCAGUGCAAGCAGCUGAAUGGACAGCUCGCACAUGGUGUACCAGCCAUUAAUUCUCGGACUUGCGCUGAUAGUUGUUGCUAGCAUGUUCCUGCUCUUUAGAGGCCGGCAGCGCCAGUCGUCCAGUCCUCACACACCCAGGACGCCGAAAAUGCAAGUGACCCCCAUGCUCUGGUUCGUCGGAGGGUGCCUCUUAGGAGUUUUUCUAGCACAGCCAUGGUCCAAACUUGGCCGCUUAGACAUAGCGCCAGAAGCUGCUUCACUUGAGGCCCCCUCCCAGCCCCUCGACCCGCACACCGACUUCCGGAUACCCCCCGAGGCGCGCAUCCUGCCCCCCCAGAUCGUGGCGAGCACGAGCGACUUUUAUCUCCGGCGCCUUUGGGGGCGUCCUGAGGAGGACCUGCAGGGGUCGCAGCCGCGCAACCUGCUGGUGAUCACGGCGGGGAUCCAGCAGAAGGAGAAUGUUGACAACAUGAUUGAGAAGUUCCCGGCGUCCGACUUCGUGUACCUCAUCUUUCACUACGAUGGGAUCGUCGAGCAGUGGAAUACGUCCCCCUGGUUCGACGCCGCCAUCCACAUUGUGGGCAAGAGGCAGAGCAAAUGGUGGUUUGCGAAGCGCUUCCUUCACCCUGACAUCGUGGAGCCGUACGAUUACAUCUUCAUCUGGGACGAGGACUUGGGCCUCGACAACUUCAAUGCCUCCCGGUAUCUGGCGUUGAUAAAGAGGCACGGCCUCGAAAUCUCGCAGCCGGGGCUGGACGCAGGGGCCACGUGGAUGAUGACACUGAUGAGGCCGGGGCAGGAGAUUCACAAAGCGACUGAGGAGCGGCCGGGUUGGUGUAAAGACGGUCCGCUGAAACCACCGUGUGCGGGGUUCGUGGAGAUUAUGGCUCCGGUGUUCUCACGAAAGGCCUGGCGGUGUACGUGGUACAUGAUCCAGAACGAUCUGAUCCACGGUUGGGGCCUGGAUAUGGCCCUUCAGCGCUGCGCGCAGGGUCUCGCGUACGAGAAGAUUGGGGUGGUGGACCAGGAGUUCAUCAAGCACAAGUCGGUCCCGUCAUUAGGGAACCAGGGUCAAUCGGAAGACGGCCGGCAGCCGUGGGAGGGGGUGCGCGAGCGGUGCCAGCACGAGUGGGGGCUCUUCCAGGCGCGGCUGGAAGAGGCGGACAAGCAUGACCCCCGCUUAGCGACCCCGGUCCCGGUAGUCGUCCCCGGGCACUUGGAGAUGUCGGCGGAAGAGAAGAAAAAGAUCGUGGACGGGCGGUUUAAGGCGGACCAGGCGGUCGGCAAACGGAAGGGCAUGUCGUUGAGUAAGAUUGACGUGCUUAUACCGCGAAAGGGGAACUCGUUCAUUCAAAAGCUGAAAGAAAAGCAGGCGAGUCUUGGUACAUAGUCGACUCAGUAAGAUUUGGAUCUGGUAGAAUUGACAGGCAUGUGACGUGACCGCACGACCAUGCAAAGCUAGCCGCCCUUACCAAACACACGCUGUGUGCGUUCUUUCCAGUAGGUCGGAAGCAGGAUCUGUCGAUCCUGGAAACAUGAGUUCAAGUGCGAGCAUGAGAUCAAGGAGUUGAGUGUUUGCCUCCCUUCCGUGCUGGCAGCUGUCCAAGUAACCUACAAGUUAGCAUGUUACCAAGGAGUCCUACAGUAGUUUUCAUACCAACACUCAACUUGAACCUUGAAUGGCAUAGAACACGCUAGGCUGUAUAUCGUACAUAUGUCAUCAGGAAGAUGGCCGCAUGAGAUUAUAAUUGUCGGUCGCCCCCUUUUCGGUUAAAGAGCUUU